UUGGCCACGCUCGCUGAGCCGCGCUUUGUGCCCCCGGGUCCACUCGGCAGCCCUGAGGCGGCGAGGCCGGUCGGAGUCCGAACAGAACCCCACAUUCUGGAGCAAGCGGCUUUCUGCUUACUGGAAGGAUUGCAGAACAGAAGACAUUUUGCAGCUGAGAAGAUGGGAAACUCAGCUAAACAGAAAAGAAAAGAGGACGUAAAUGUGGGCAUGGUGCUGGUCAAGAUGGCAUGCGUGUGCUGGAAUCUGCUGGUGCUCCAGGCGUUUUUGGCGGAUCUGGCCCUCGUCCACGGGGCGGAGAGAAGCUCCCCGAUCCUGAACGUUGCAGUCAUUUUGGGAAGGACCCCGAGUGUCACAGAAAGAGACAUUCGUGCUCUCAGCAGCCGGGACAUGGCCGGGAGACUCCCCACUGACGUUAACGUGGUGCCCCUCCUGAUCAACCAGACCGACCCCAAGAGCAUCAUCACCCACAUCUGCGACUUGAUCUCGGGCACCAGGAUCCACGGGGUGGUUUUCGGAGACGACACCGGCCAGGAGGCCGUUGCCCAGAUUCUGGAUUUUAUCUCCUCACAGACUUUUAUCCCCAUCCUGGGCAUCCACGGGGGCUCCUCCAUGAUCAUGGCAGAGAAGGAUGAGAUGUCUACCUUUUUCCAGUUUGGGGCAUCCAUCCAACAGGAGGCCAUCACCAUGCUGAAGUUCAUGCAAUACUACGACUGGCACAUAUUCUCCGUGGUGACCAGCACUUUCCCUGGCUACCGGGACUUCAUUGGCUUCGUCAAGUACACCGUGGAGAACAGUUUUGUCGGCUGGGACAUGCAAAACGUGGUCACCCUCGAUGCGGCCGUUGGAGAUGCCAAGUCCACAAUUCAGCUGAAGAAGAUCCAUUCUUCGGUCAUCCUGCUCUAUUGCUCUACAGAUGAGGCCACAUACAUCCUGGAGGAAGCCCGUUCCCUGGGCCUGACGGGCUAUGACUUUUUCUGGGUUGUCCCCAGCUUGGUCAGUGGGAACAUGGAAACCCCACCUGACAAUUUUCCUUCAGGGCUGAUUUCAGUGGCCUAUGAUGGAUGGGACUACAGUUUGGACGCUCGGAUCCGGGAUGGCCUUGGGAUUAUUACAACGGCCGCUGCAGCCAUGCUGGAAAAAUAUUCCUUCAUCCCUGAGGCGAAGACCAGUUGCUACGGGCAGUCAGAGUACAACGAACGCCCCUCUCACAUGCUUCACAAGUUUAUGAUGAACGUGACCUGGAAAGGCCGAGACUUAUCCUUCACUACGGACGGCUACCAAGCACAGCCGCGGCUCGUGGUCACCGUCCUCAACCAGACCCGGGCCUGGGAGAAGGUGGGCGAAUGGGAGAACCAGACGCUGACGCACAAAUACUCCGUGUGGCCGCGGUUCAACUCUUUCAAUGACAGCGUCCCAGACCACAACCACCUCAGCAUCGUCACCUUGGAGGAGGCUCCCUUCGUCAUCGUGGAGGACAUGGACCCUUUGACGGAGACCUGUGUGAAGAACACAGUGCCUUGCCGGAAAUACGUCGUCAUCAACAACAUCACCAAAGAAGGAAAGAACCUGAAGAAAUGUUGCAAAGGGUUUUGCAUUGACAUCCUGAAGAAGCUCUCAAGGACCAUCCAGUUCACCUAUGACCUCUAUCUUGUGAUCAAUGGGAAGCACGGGAAAAAGAUCAACAACGAGUGGAAUGGAAUGAUCGGGGAGGUGGUCAAGAAGCAAGCCGUGAUGGCGGUUGGGUCCCUCACCAUCAAUGGCGAGCGCUCAGAGGUGGUUGAUUUUUCGGUGCCCUUUGUGGAAACUGGAAUCAGUGUCAUGGUCUCCCGGAGCAACGGCACCGUUUCUCCCUCUGCUUUUUUAGAGCCCUUCAGCGCGUCUGUCUGGGUGAUGAUGUUCGUCAUGCUGCUGGUCGUGUCAGCCAUCGCCGUCUUUGUCUUUGAGUACUUCAGCCCGGUGGGCUACAACCGCAACCUGGCCCAGGGGAAAGAUGCUCACGGGCCCUCCUUCACCAUCGGGAAGGCCGUGUGGCUCCUGUGGGGCCUGGUGUUCAACAACUCUGUGCCGGUGCAGAACCCGAAAGGCACAACCAGCAAAAUCAUGGUCUCGGUCUGGGCCUUUUUUGCGGUCAUCUUCUUGGCCAGCUACACAGCCAACCUGGCUGCCUUCAUGAUCCAGGAGGAAUUUGUGGACCAAGUCACGGGGCUGAGCGAUAAGAAGUUCCAGCAGCCCUACGCCUACUCCCCUCCUUUCCGGUUUGGGACUGUCCCCAACGGGAGCACCGAGAGGAACAUCCGCAACAACUACAAGGAGAUGCACGCUUACAUGGUGAAGUACAACCAGAAGGGAGUGGAGGACGCUUUGGUCAGCUUGAAAACCGGGAAGCUGGACGCUUUCAUCUAUGACGCAGCAGUGCUGAACUACAAGGCCGGGCGGGACGAAGGCUGCAAGCUGGUGACCAUCGGCAGCGGCUACAUCUUUGCCACCACGGGCUAUGGCAUCGCCCUGCAGAAGGGGUCGCCCUGGAAGAGGGCCAUUGACCUGGCGCUGCUACAGUUUGUGGGAGACGGGGAAAUGGAGGAGCUGGAGACCCUCUGGCUGACCGGCAUUUGCCACAAUGAGAAGAACGAGGUCAUGAGUAGCCAGCUGGACAUCGACAACAUGGCGGGCGUGUUUUACAUGCUGGCCGCUGCCAUGGCGCUCAGCCUGAUCACCUUUGUGUGGGAGCACCUCUUUUACUGGAAGCUCCGGUUCUGUUUCACUGGGAUGUGCUCCGAUCGGCCAGGGCUGCUGUUCUCCAUCAGCAGGGGGAUCUACAGUUGCAUCCAUGGGGUCCACAUUGAGGAGAAGAAAAAGUCUCCCCACUUCACCCUGACCAGUUCUCAGAGCAACAUGUUGAAGCUUCUGCAGACGGCCAAGAAUAUGACCAACGUGAAUCCCGGGCGAAUCAAUUCUCCACAAAGAGCAGCUGAGUUCAUCCGCCGUGGAUCAUUGAUGAUGGACCUGAUGAUGGAAAAGGGCAGCUUCAUCUUCUCUGACAACAACCGCCCUCUGACCCCCAAGGAGAAGGUCUUUAGUGACAAUACGAAUGAGCUGCAGUCCUUCUCUGCAAACCGCCACCCAGAUAAUCUCAACAACUACAUCUUCCAAGGGCCGCAUCCCCUCACACUGCACGAGUCCAACCCGAACACGGUGGAGGUGACCAUGGCAGCAGAGGCCAAGGAGAACUCCCGCCCGAGGCAGCUGUGGAGGAAGUCGCUGGAAUCGCUGCGCCAAGACUCCCUCCGGCAGAGUCACGGUACUCAGAGGGACGAUGGCACAGGGGGAAGCCGGCGGCACUCCCUGAAGGGCCCCAGGUACCUCCCUGAAGACGUCCACUCAGAUGUCUCCGACUCCUCAAGCAGAGCCACCGGCCACACGGAGGGGGAGAGCAACAGCAAACCCCUUAAGACCAAGGACAACGUGAAGAAGAGGCCGGCAUCAAAAUAUCCCAAGGAUUGCAGCGAGGUGGAGCUGACCUAUCUGAAGAGCAAACAGUCUUUACCCCGAGACAAAAUUUACAUCAUCGAGGCAGACAAACAGCACAGUUUCCACCUAGAUGUCCCCCCCGAGUAUGUAGAGAACAUUAUCCUUCCUGAGUCAGCUGAGUUUUCCAACCUCUAUCAGGAUCGCAACGGCAACUACCGAGGGUCUGAGCAGAGUAACCAGGUUCCCCUGCCCAACGAGGAAAGUCUUCCAAGUAACGACCAGUACAAGCUCUACCCAAAGCACUACGGCACAAAAGACAAGAACGUGGCCUACGACGAAGCAAAUGAGCAAUACCAGCAGAAGGCCACCCACUGCCGGAGCUGCCUAACCAGCCUGCCCAGUUACGCAGGGCACUACUUGAGCCGGUCACCCUACCGGUGCGGUGCCUGCGUGCGGAUGGGCAGCCUCUACGACAUCGAGGAGGGCCAGAUGCUGCAGAGCCCUGCCAACUCCAGGCCCCGGGAAGAACCGUGCCAGCAGGACUGGGCCCAGGAGGACAAAACCCAGCUGCCCCGGAAGAGCAAGCUGCAAAUCAGCCGGCAGCGUUCGUUCGACAACCUCUUCAGUAAGCAUCGGGACGGCAACGGGGGCAGGACGGCCCGUAGCAUCAGCCUGAAGGAAAAAGAGAGGCUCCUGGAAGGGGGCCCCUACGCCACCCUAUUCAGGGCGCCCCAAAGCAAACACUUGAGCGGCAAGCUCCCGCUUUUCACACGCACGUUGGACGACGGGAAGAGGAUCAAGUCCCUGUAUCUGGAGUGCUCGGAAGAGAACCCUUUUCUUCGUUCUUAUUGCGAUGACCAGCACUUGGUCCCGGCACCGAGUCCGGCCGGCCUGCACAGACAGCCGGCUUAUGACAGCGUCUCCCGGUCGUCGGUUAAAUCGACAGCCUCGUACUGUUCCAGAGAUGGCCGGGUCCACAACGACGCGUGUGUUUCGGAGCACGGGAUGCCUUACGUUGCCCCUCAGAAUAGCACGUACUCUGCUCCACGAGGGCUAAACUCCUGCAGCAAUAGACGUGUGUAUUAUAAGAAGAUCCCUAGCCUGGAAUCAGACGUGUAACGCUGAUCUCUGGGGAGCCCGGUUGCCAGCCCCUCACAGGCCAAAGAGGGCAGCCCUUAGCAGAGCGUUGGAGAAGGGGGAAGAGUCCGGUUGCCUUGCGUAGAUCACAUUCCCAUGUGCUUAGUUCCACCAGAAAGAAGGAGCAGGAAGAGGCCAUGGGAAGGGACAGCCCACUCCCCAAGAGCCACUGCACGGACUACACUAUCCAUAGUUCUGUCUCCCCCCUCCCCCGUCAAUUAAGUUUGGCACAAAAAUCUCUUGCUCCCCUAGUAGAGUUCCAAUUCUUGGUCCAAAGGAAUAGCCAUGCAAACGAAGGCUGAUCUGUAGAGCAGAUUUGCCCCCCCCCCCGGAUGGUUUAAAGCAGGACACGAGUGGCCACCAUGGAUGGUCACUGAAUUGGGAAAAAGCGGCGCCCCUUGUUGGCAACUAUGUUAUUUUUCUAUCAGGAUGGUUCUUUUACCCCGUCGGUUGGACUCCGUCCUUCUAGCACUUUCGCCCCGUGUAAUUCUGCCCUCCCAAAUUUUAUUUUUUAACAGAGAAUAAGCAAUAUGGUAUGCAUGUACUUUGACACAGAACAAAAGCUAAACAAAAAAAAAAAGUUUAAGAAUGCAUUUGCACACUUACUGUGGUAAGACUCAUCCAAGAGAUUAGAAAGAUAGCCUUUUUUUAAACAAACAACUAUAUAUCGCUAUAGCUCUAUGAUUUAGCCUCAUAUUUAUUUUUAAACACAGACAAAAGAAAGCAAAAAAACCCAACAAAACAAAAACCAAACCUCAGGGCCCAUGAAUGGAAUCAAUAUUGUUUUCAUCUGUAUAUGUCUUGCAGAAAGCCAGCUGCAAUUCACCAUGGACUCCUCCUCCUCCUCCUCCUCCUCCUGAUCUCAUGGCAAGGAAAGAUUGCUGAAGCAGGUCACCGGCUCCACGCUGGAGCUUCAACUAGGAAGGGGAGGGGACUUGUCUCAGGAAAGGAGGGCCAGUGAACCCCCUCCUGCUCCUGUCUAAGAGAGCAGAGAGAUCCUGAAGUGCAACUCCAGACCAGGAUGGGGCAGAGGGUGGCCGGGUGAGAGGCCCCUGGGUCUUCUUGGACCUGCUGACAAUCUGGAGGAGGCCCCGGUCUAGGCGUCCAGAGGCCCAGACAGGAACCAGGUGCUGGAAGGUCUUUGCUGCCUAAACCACCCUGCAGAGAGGAUCCCAGUGGAGGUUCCGGAAGCGUGGGAUUUACUCUCGUAAUUAUGCCAAAGUAAGAGCCAGUUGGGUAUGCCCCCAAAAUAAGCAUGUGAGAACAGCUUCUCGGUUUAGACAACCCUCGAUCUUUUGAGUGAGGCUAAGCAUUGGUUUGCACAUUUCAGUCCCCCUUGGUAACUCAGCCCCAACUUCAUUCUACAGGACUUUCCUUGGCAAGGAAAAGAACAGGACACCCUUUGUCCAGUCGGAUUCUCUGUGCUACACCACCAGGUGUAGUGGGAUCAGGGCAGGGGAAAGGAAGUGGGGGUUGGCUGAUAUUUUGAGGAAGCUUUUGAGAGGGUAGGUGGUGAUGAAGGUAGCCACCACACAAGGAGACUCGAGGUAGCCUUGUCCCAAUUGCUGCGUUGGGUUCUGAGGCUCUAAAGCAAGAGGAGCUGUUCCUGGGAGAUUGUCCCCUGAUGGUGGAAGUCAUGUCUGUUUGCUGUAGUUUUUGAAAAGAUGGGCAUUUUUGCACUUUAAGGAUGGACCUGGAUAGGAAGCCCGCCAGAGCUGAUGUUACGGAAGCACUUGAGUCUCAAAGGAACCUUGUUGCUUUGGGAAUGAUAAGGGUGGAUCCCAGUAUGGUCAACAGCAUCCAGGAAGAAUGAUUUCCCAGAGUGGAAGACCAUAUUUGCAAUUAAAAGCAGGGUGAUCAGCAACCGAGUGGUUUGGAUCAAAAUGUAGGAGGUUUUAGAAUCCCUGCUUAUAAAUAAUGUAGCUUCAUCACGAAGCUGUCACCCUAUGGUGUCCCUCCACCCCCUGCAGGACCAACCUUGUUAUGGUCUGGAUACCCCCUUGGGCCCUCUUCUUUUGCUGGUGAGACACAUUUGGAGCAGAAACCAAAAACAAGAGGAGAUGCUGGAACCCUCAUUGGCCCAAGGCAUUGGACCCUUUGGAUGUUGGUUUCUGUGCCCCAUCGAUUUUCUCUUAUUUCACAGCUCCUUCUGUAACCAAAUUAGUUUGUUGGAACUGCGCUGCCCAACUUCACAGCUAGAAGGUCUUCAUACCUGUGGAAGGAUAGCAUUUUUCAGUUUUGGUGUAGGGGGCAGAUACAUCUGCACAGCUGGUAGACCUCAUAAUCUAACUCAAUACCUAAGGUUUUCACGUGUUUGCAUCUCAAUGGUGGUAUCUCAGGGCUUAAUAGUAUCUGUCUUCUUGUCUCCUCACCUUGAUUCAAAAGACACACAGACACAGGCACUUUCAUUAAAAUAGUUGCAACUUACAAUGUUGGAGGAACUCCACCUUGAGUAACCAUGCCCACUUCUUAAUUCCCAGCACCAACAGCCAUAUGUACGGAAUGGACUUCACUGGGAAGAGAGUGUUUCGUCUGCCAAUAGCCUAGGAGCAGCUCUGUAAUAAUGACUUACUUUGUUUUCAGAAUAUCACCAUCAUCUGUCUGUAUGUUUGGAACUUUCAUUGACUUCUCUAAACUUGUUUAUUUUAAAUAUGUAAUAUAUGCACCUAACUUGCAUAAUUUAGUAACCUUGGAGUAGCAAGGAGAAGUUCACCCAAGUCUUCCUAAAUUAGGGACCCACUCCAGGUUUGGUCUGUGGGUGGUUUUACACACUUGCGUUUGAGGCGACUGUAUAAAACCUGCACUGUGAAUACAUGUCAGUUCAACGUGAAAAGCAGGAAGAGAAACGUGAACUAAAUCUAAAGAUUUCAGGCAUCCAUUUGCCCUCCUGCUGCAACUUCAGAUGCAGGUGGGGGUUCUGGGAUGUGUGGAAAAAACACGAGGCCUGAAGCACAGAAGAGGGGAGAGGUUGGGCUCCACGGCCUGAAUGAGAACUGCCAGGGGAGGGUCCUGACCCGCUGCUCUUCAGCACCACUGCUGAAGACACAGGCCCAGCAGGACUCUCCUGCCCGGGCAGGGUCCAAGGUCCCUUCCAACUCCGUUAUUUGGAGUCUCUCGCUGCAGGCAGCCUUGGGUCCCCCUCUUGGCCCAGGAGAAUCGGUCAGUCCUCCUGGACACGUGGCCUUGCAGUUGGCUUUCUCUUCAAGGAAGGUCAGCGUUUCAUUGAAGAACAUUAUUCUAUAGAUUUCUUUAUUUACCAAAUUUAUAUGGCCGCCCAUCUCAUGGAAAGUGUCUCUAGGCGGCAUAAAACAGAUAGAUCAUCUCAGGGUUGAAACAAAGACGUGGAAGGUUGGGAAGCUGCAGUUUUCAUGUAGAAACGUCUGCAGUUCCAGAAAGCCAUGUUUACAUGUUUGUUGUUCUGUCCUGGGGGGCGGUGGUGAAGAAAUGGGGUGACCCUCUUGAGCGAGGCAGACAGAGUCUGGUCCAACCUGCCACCAUUUUCCAGGCUCUUGUUUCCAGCCUGGAUUUCAUCCUUUCAAACGAUCCAUCUUCUCUCAGGCUAUCUAAAAUCUUGUAGGUGGAAUCUCUCCUGGUGAACUGUGAUUGUGUAUUCAGUCUAAAUUUCAGUUCUUAAGAAAGAAUCCGUGUAGGGCCUGGGGCAGAGAGUAAGCAGAAUCCUCCUGAUUCAUCUGCUAAGCAUGCCUGUCAAGAUCUCCAGAAUGUUCCUGGGUGACAGGAUCUCCUUGGUCCCGAAUCUUCAGUGAACAGGUCUUUUCAAAGAGAAAUCUCCAGCGAGUGGCUUGGGAAAGAAAAACUGCAUCCAGAUCCUACUACAUUGGUCUGCUGGAAGCACAGCUGGUUGGCUCAGAUAACAGAAAAGCACCCGCCUUUUGAAAAUCCAAUAAAUCUUCUCUUAGAUAGUUGUAAUAUCCCCCCCCCCCACACCAAAGUUUCUUUCUAGGGCUUUUUACUGUUGCAUCCUUGAGAGAAUAAUUCCUCAGAGGUGUUUGGAUGUCAAAUUGGUACAUCACGCUACAUAGGCAGAGAAAUAUCUAGCUAGCUCAGUGAUAAAUAGAGCAUUUUGCAAAUAGAGUGAGAAGUGCACAUAACAAUUGUUUCCCCCCCCCCCCAAAAAAAAGAUUUGGGUAAAGUAGUGUGUGUAACUUAAUACUCCAUUGCGAAUAAAUGCAAGCCCAAGUUUUCUAGGGAUUCAACAGAGACCCCAAAAUGUGACCACUCCCCAGCCUAAAGGAGAAAGCAUCUCCUAGGCAGAGUAGCCUAACCCUUCAUACACAAAACUGUUGGUUACAAGUGUACUGCUAAGUGUGUUGAAAGUACAAUUAAGGGUGAUCAUAAUGCUUGGGCAUCAGUGUCUAUCAAGCCACUCUUCUCAGCUGGCACGCACCAGAUGUGCGAGGCCUGGAGCUCUAAAAAUACUAGGAGUCAGUUCCCCGCACAUCUGGGGGAGGUGCUGGAGCUGGGAAGAUUACAGAAGAGUUUACCAUUUAGGAAUACAAUUUGCCUAGUGUGUAUGAUGGUGAAAAACCAGAUCACAAAGAACUGAAUGGGAAGCUGGUCAAUUUACCAUGUCAUGUAUAAACUUAUAGUUGGAUCAAUUUAACCUAACAUCACCACAUUACAACAAUUUCUGCGCUGAGUUGUUUUCUGUUGUUAAUAUUUGAAGGAUGUGGACUUCUGGGCAAUCUCUUUUGCACCUACCAAGUGGAUUCUUCCAGGAGGUGCCCUCCUGAAUUGAUACACUCAUGAAUAACCAAUUCAUCCCCAUGACAUCCAAGUUGACCUAUUGAGUUCUUUGGUGAUUCUGUCCUGCACACCCUCUAAAUUGUAUGAAAUAGAUAUGAAGACUCACUCCUAUAGGCAGCUAUGACUUCUUCUGUUUCGGUCUCUUUGGAACCCUGGAUUCUGAUGCAUACUUGUCCCUUGGGAGUCCAUUGUAAUCCUCCUCAGUGCUUCUGGAGGUGCUUGCCCUACAGCUUGCUCAAAAGAAGCAUUGAGCAGGCACGUCUCCUGGUGAGCAUCCUUGUAUGAUAUUCAUGUAUCCAAGCACCUGCUUGUUGCAUUCAUGUAUUAUGCAUUUUAGAUGUACAUGCACACCAAUGAAGGUGUUUAAAUAGGAAGUUUUUAUUGGACUCGCUUUACUAAAAGCUGGGAAUUGAUACGGCCGUCCUCCCUGGAGGCCACCUGGAAGGAUUCAUUACAUGUCAAAAUCUAUACUUGGUAUUGAUGUCACCCAGCAGCUAACAUACAUUGUGUGAGUUGGCUAUCAGAAGUGGAUCAUAAGCAUUUUCAACACACAAAGUAAUAGUUACAGGUUUUAAAACUCAACCAUUUUCACGUAUGCACCCACACUGAAAGGAUUAUGAAUGAACAAUCUGUCCAUUCACAAUUGUAGACAUCUUUAAAAAUCUUACAUUGAUAGUUGGAUCUGCUGGUCUAAAACAGAUACAGGAUUCAGGUAAAAUUUUGUUUGUUUCUCUGUUCUGUAUACACUCAACGGCAGUUUUUAUCUUCAUCUGCAUAUUUAAACCCAAAUGCAUGAUUAAGCACUUAAUACUGUAUAAAUAAUAUUUUGAGACAUAUCUACAAAAACAAACCCACAAAUGUUUGCUUUAAACUUUUGUUGAUAGAAAAAAGUAUAUAAUGACUACUAUUGUCUUCAGAUUGUAUUGUAUUUUUCAUUUUUGUUAACGAUAAUGAAGAGAAGAGGAAGAAGAGAGAGGGAAUGAGAGAAAGAUGCUAAGGGAGUGAUGGAACUGAGUGUUUGCCUAUGUUGAAAUGUACAUACCUGUCAGAGAAAACACGUGCCAAGUAUAACAAAAUGUACAAAAUGUAAAUACAUGAAAAAUUUCAUUUUUCUAAUAAAGAUGAUUUCUGCCA